CUCGCCCGCUCGCUGCCGCGCUGACCAUGGCCGGAUGUUGCUUAUCCGCGGAGGAGAAAGAGUCGCAGCGGAUCAGCGCGGAAAUUGAGCGGCAGCUGCGCCGGGAUAAGCGGGACGCGCGCAGGGAGCUCAAGCUGCUGCUGCUGGGCACAGGAGAAAGUGGAAAAAGCACCUUUAUUAAACAGAUGAGGAUUAUUCAUGGGUCAGGUUACACAGAUGAAGAUAGGAAAAGCUUCACAAAACUGGUUUAUCAAAACAUAUUUACUGCCAUACAAGCGAUGAUCAGAGCUAUGGAUACUCUAAAAAUACAGUACACAUCUGAGCAAAACAAGGAAAAUUCUCAGCUGAUCAGAGAAGUGGAGGUGGACAGAAUAACAGCGCUAGAAAGAAAACAAGUGGAAGCAAUCAAGAAGCUUUGGGCAGAUCCAGGAAUCCAAGAGUGCUAUGAUAGACGGAGAGAAUACCAGCUCUCAGACUCUACUAAAUAUUACCUUACUGACAUCGAUCGUAUUGCCUUGCCCUCAUUUGUGCCAACUCAGCAAGAUAUUCUCAGAGUCAGAGUGCCAACUACGGGAAUUAUUGAGUAUCCUUUUGAUUUAGAAAACAUUAUCUUUAGAAUGGUGGAUGUAGGUGGCCAGAGGUCUGAAAGAAGGAAAUGGAUUCACUGUUUUGAAAGUGUUACCUCCAUCAUUUUCUUAGUUGCACUAAGUGAAUACGACCAGGUCCUGGCUGAAUGUGACAAUGAGAAUCGAAUGGAAGAAAGCAAGGCCUUAUUUAAAACUAUCAUCACAUACCCAUGGUUUCUGAACUCUUCAGUCAUUCUGUUCUUAAACAAAAAAGAUCUUCUAGAAGAGAAAAUCAUGUACUCCCAUCUAAUCAGCUAUUUCCCAGAAUACACAGGACCUAAACAAGAUGUUAAAGCUGCCAGAGAAUUCAUUUUGAAGCUGUACCAGGACCAGAAUCCAGACAAAGAGAAAGUAAUCUAUUCCCACUUCACCUGUGCCACAGACACAGAGAAUAUCCGCUUUGUCUUUGCUGCUGUCAAAGACACUAUCCUACAGCUAAACCUGAGGGAGUUCAACCUGGUGUAAAGGAGAAACACUGCUUGGAUCCACCUACCAUCAUCUACCCACCCAGCAUUGACUAAUAAAAACAUUGCUAGUGUAUUCUAAAAAAUUCCACAAAAGACAGAAUGACACAGAUACAAAUAGAGUUGUUCUUUGAAACAAUUUACUUACAGAAACAGAAGUUGUUCCUGUACAUUUGCUGAUCUUGAAAUAUUUACUGAAGAGAAGUGGAUUAAUAGAACUUAAAGGAAGAACUUACAAUGUUUACAAUUUUUUAAACUAUACACUUUAAAUAUUGUUUUUAUAUUUCCUUAAUUUUGGCUGUGAGAUUUUUUGUGACAACUGUGGUUCAAAUGGUAUUUAAGAAAAAAUAUUUUAUAGAACUAUAUAUAAAUCCAUUGCCAUUCAUCUGUUAUUUUCUUAGGGUUUUUUAUUGCAUUUCGUAAUCAUGAAAAUUAUAGUAGGAAAUUUUAACCUGAGAUGCCUUAGAAAUGAUAAAGUGAUGCUAUUUUAGAAUGCUAGAUACUGUAAGAUUUAUCAUUUAAGUUAGAAUGAGCUAUUAGCAUUUUAAUGAAUUUUGGCCAUAUAUUAAAUUUAAUAAUUUAGA